AUGCUGCAACCAAGCACGUCGCAUCACCAAGUCCACGAGCGCAAGCCUCCAGUCAUCAACAUCACACAGCCCGCAAAUUUGCCCUCGCACACGACGAGAUGCCUUCGACAGCUCCCUCUCGGCCUCCUCAACGCCGCCCAAGGGCACCCGAUGCUCGUCGAGCUCAAGAACGGCGAGACCCUCAACGGCCACCUCGUCAUGUGCGACACGUGGAUGAACCUCACGCUGAAGGAGGUCGUCCAGACGAGUCCCGAAGGCGACAAGUUUGUCAAGAUUCCCGAGGUAUACGUCAAGGGAAACAACGUGCGUUUACAUCUCUUUUCAUCCAUUCGCCCGAGCGCAAACGCAAAGCUAAUCGCCGGACUACAGAUCAAGUACCUCCGCGUACCGGACGAUAUUAUCGACAUUGUCAAGGAGAACCAGCAGAACAACCAAGGCGGAUUCCGAGGCGGACGCGGCGGCGGGAGGGGUGAUCACCGCGGCGGCGACCGCGGCAGGGGACGGGGACAAGGCCGUGGCAGGGGGAGGGGGCGCGGCGCUUGA